AUGGCGCUAAUGGCUGGACGGGUUUAUUUCUGGUAUUACGGCUCAGGGCUGUGUAAGUGUAAGACAGGUGUAUACGGGCCCAAGUGUGAUGACUGCCAUCCUGGAUUCUUCCACUUCAGCAGCACAGGAUGUCAACCGUGCCAAUGCAACAACCACUCUACCUACUGCCACCCUCAGUCAGGUGUUUGUUUGGACUGUCAGGAUAACACUCAGGGCCACAACUGUGAGGAGUGUCUGCCCAACUUUUACCGGCGUCAUGGUGAGGGGUCCGCGGACACUUGUCUGCCUUGUCCCUGCUCCUCUGAGACCUCCAGCAGCAGCUGUCAUCUCGAUUCCAGUGGACAACCUGUAUGUGACGAAUGUAAGCCUGGCUUCUCCGGCCCAAGAUGCAGCGUGUGCAUGGACGGUUUAUUUAAAUCAGCAGGCGCGUGCGUGCCCUGCGAGUGUAAUGGGAACGCAGACCCUCGCUCCAUGCCACAAAUAUGCCACCCUGAGACAGGCCACUGCCACCGCUGCAUCAACCACACAGCGGGAGCACACUGUGAGAUCUGCACUCGUGGAUACACAGGGGACGCCCGCUACCACAACUGCACCCUGAGAGCUGUGAGAAUCCUCCCAACUCAAGACAUCAAGACCUCCACUACAGAAAUCCCCAAAUCCACAAGUUCUGUUGCUUCUACACCUGCUUCCCGCCUCCUCACUUUCUCCUCCUCCCCUACCACCCAUCCAAGCCUACCGACCCUUCAGUCCGGCACGGGAGACUCCUCAGGACACAACAGCACGGCCUCUGCCCUGACAGUAGUGUCCUGGACGCAGUUUAACAUCAUCAUCCUCGCCGUCAUCAUCGUGGUGGUCGUUCUCCUCAUGGGCUUCGUCGGAGGCGUGUAUACGUAUCGUGAGUACCGCAAUAGGAAACUCAACGCCCCGUUUUGGACCAUUGAGCUGAAGGAGGACAACAUCAGCUUCAGCAGCUACCACGACAGCAUCCCGCACGCCGACCCCAACGGACUAUUGGAGGAGGAGCCGUGUGUGGUUGCGGCCAAUGGGCAGUUAGCACUCGCUACUGCCGCCAACAUGUACAAAGCGUGAAGUUGUCGGUACGAUUGUAUCUUUUCUUAAAGGGACAUUUCAGCCAAAAAUGGACAUUCUGUCAUCAUUUACUCACUCUCAUGUCCAACCUGAUGUUCUUUUUUCAGUGGAACAUUAAGGAAGAUGUUUUGAAGGCACUGAAUGUCAGUGGGGUCCGAAACAACAUCGGGCCAAUUUCAAUAACUUUUUUAGUGUUACACUGAGAAACAAAGUCAAACAGGUUUGGAAUGACAUGAGGGUGAGUAAAGUACCACAUUUUCAUUUUCGGCGAACUAUCCUGUUAAUUUUGAU